AUAAAUAGAAUGCUUGUGAUUUUAAUUGUUAUUUUAACUGGUUUUAGUGCGUCUUUACAAGGCACUGAUCGAAAAGUUUUACGACAUGGAUGUAAAGAAAAACAUGAGGUAUUCACCCAUUGUUCCGGACGUUGCGACCGUUUAUGUACUGCUCCAACAAUGCGCGCUUGUUCAAAGAUUUGCAAACCAGGAUGCAUUUGCAAACAUGGUUUUUAUCGAGAUAAAUAUACAAAUCAAUGUGUUCGAUUAGAUGAUUGUCCAAUACCGCCUAUUGGCUGUAAAGGAAAAAACGAGGUAUUUACCGAAUGUUCAGGAUAUUGUGAUCGCCUAUGUACUCUCCCAAAUAGUCGCAAUUGUCCAUUGAUUUGCAAGGAAGGAUGUAUUUGUAAAGAUGGCUUUUAUCGAGAUAGUAAAUAUAUAAAUAAAUGUGUUCGAUUAGAGGAUUGUCCAAUACAACCUAAUUCCAUGAAUGUAAAGGGAAACAUGAGGAAUUCACUGAAUGUUUUGGACAUUGUGACGCCCUAUGUACUCCAAUAACGCGUUUUUGUCCUAAGAUUUGCAUUCAAGGAUGUAUCUGUAAAUAUGGUUUUUAUCGA